AUGUUGGCUCGAAGAUCAUUAUGGCGAGCUUUCACAAGCCCUGCAGCUGCCAGCGCUGCUGAAGAACUAGAUACAAAAAUUGCGAAAGUCCUUCACAAGGUUGCUCCAUCAGAGCAAACAGAACCUCAAAUAGAACGUCAAAAGACCCUUGAUGAACGAUUAGCCGAACUUGAUUCAAGUGUCGCUAAAAUUGAAGCUUUAAGAGAAGCCGGAAAACCUGAAGAAAUCAGAAUCAGAAAUCUCCCCAACAAGUAUGGAAGAGCUGGACGCUUCCCAGCCUAUCCAUGGUAUGGCCAAGCUGUUCCUAGUGAAGAUAAAUACCCUCAUUUAGCUGAAAGACUUGGAAAUUAUAGAAAACAUAUAGAGACCGGCAAUGACCAAUUAUUAAAAUGGGCACAAGUAGAAACAGACUUAAAUAACCCGAAUUUCAAGUCACAUUUCGUCCAAGAGCCUCAAAGAGAGCCUGAUCCAGAUGUAAAUUUCGAAAAAGGUGAUAUUUUAUAUGAAAAUAAAGACGCUGGACAAGGUGCUGCCCUUACGAGACAAAUUGGCUGGUCAAGCUUCUUUUAUAUCGGCUUUAACAUGUGGCAUGGCAUAUGGAGUGGCAGAUUUAUAUAUCCAGUUGGUAAUGAAUUUAUGGAUAUAAGAAGCGACCAUUUGAAUGUAAAUCAAAACUUCCUCCAACAAACUGUACUAUUCGAUUCCCCUUGGCAAUCAACUGGGUCUAUUGCUGUAACUGCCUUUGUGGUACCUCUUAUUCCACUUAUGGCUCUUGGAUAUACUUAUCUUUUCCAUGCACUUGCCGAUGGUGUUGUCACAAAGAUGCAAUUUAACGCAGAAAAAGAUAUUUUAUUUAUUAGCCAAAGAAAAGGAGCAUUUUUCUCACAGGAAAUCGAAGUAGCCCAUGAAGUCACCCACCUACAAGUUCUCCCACCAACCCCAGGAACUGGGCUUGACAAUGUAAAUGAUAGGACUUGGGUGACUCUGACUGAUAUGAGCACGAUGGAAAACUUCAGGCUUUGUCUUGAUAAGAAAUAUUGGCACCCUAAGCUAAUUCAAGAUUUCAAGCUCCAUAUCCACUCUCUGUGGGAUUAA